AUCCAUAUAUCGAAUAAAAACCAAAAUAAUAAUAAAAUAAAAUAAAAUGUCUCUCGCCUCUCGCCUUCUAAAUACACCCACCACCACCAGGCUCUCCUCCAAUCUUCCGUCCUCAGCUUCUCCUCGCUAUUCUCACUUCCUCUCUUCCCAUUUUGCUCCUCCCUCUCUCCUUCGAUUCCCUCUCGCUCUUAAGCCUUCUUCUUCGUCUUCCUUCUCCAGGGUAUUUUCGUCUCCUCCACCUGCAACCACCUCUACUUCCACCAUGGGUGAUGCUCCUGAUACUGGCAUGGAUGCUGUCCAGAGACGCCUCAUGUUUGAGGAUGAAUGCAUUUUAGUAGAUGAGAACGAUCGUGCUGUUGGUCAUGCUUCCAAAUAUAGUUGUCAUUUAUGGGAAAAUAUUUUGAAGGGGAACUCAUUACACCGAGCUUUUAGCGUAUUUCUCUUUAACUCAAAAUAUGAGCUACUCCUUCAGCAACGCUCUGCUACAAAGGUAACAUUCCCCCUUGUAUGGACAAACACUUGCUGCAGUCAUCCUCUGUAUCGUGAAUCUGAGCGUAUUGAUGAGGAUGCUCUUGGUGUUAGAAAUGCUGCACAAAGGAAGCUUUUGGAUGAGCUUGGUAUCCCUGCUGAAGAUGUUCCAGUUGAUCAGUUUACCCCACUGGGACGCAUGCUAUACAAGGCGCCUUCUGAUGGAAAAUGGGGAGAGCAUGAACUUGAUUAUCUGCUCUUCAUAGUUCGUGAUGUUAAUGUUAAUCCAAACCCUGAUGAGGUCGCUGAUAUAAAAUAUGUUAACCGGGAUGAGUUGAAGGAGCUUUUGAAGAAAGCGGAUGCUGGUGAGGAAGGUUUAAAGUUGUCACCUUGGUUUAGACUAGUUGUGGACAAUUUCUUGUUCAAAUGGUGGGAACACGUUGAAAAGGGGACACUCAAGGAAGCAGCUGACAUGAAAACGAUUCACAAGUUAACCUGAGAUGUAUAAUCGACAAAAUUUCAUCGUGUCAUCACCUGUAGCUUUUAUCUAAAUAAAAGUUCCAAGUUAGCAUUUCUUUGCUGCUGCGGCAUUCAGUAUUCUUAGUCUGGUCAUGUUAAAUUUAGAGAUGUCAUCUGAAAGCAGCUGAACAGUUUGGAUCUUUGUAAUGUAGAUUUUGCUUCUCCAUGUUUUAAAAUCUGAAUAAGGAGCUUUGCACAUCCUUUAUAUUCAGGAUUUUCUUUUCUUGUCAUAUGGAAAUCUUUUUUCAGGGUAAGGACAUUGUUAUUUGUGUUGAUAUGAAUCAAGUUGGAUUUGGCUAUUCAAUCA